AUGUUUGAAGACUCCACUCCACAGUCAUGGUUUGCUAAUUUACCCCCAAUCUCAAGAUUUAUGCUCUGUACCACUUUUGUUGUGACAGUUCUGUGCUCUUUUGGAUUACUUAACCCAUGGUAUAUUAUUUUAGAUUGGCCUCUUGUAGUCAAGAAGGUUCAGAUAUGGCGUUUAAUUUCUAACUUCUUUUAUGUUGGUCAUUUUAGCCUAGGAUGGAUUAUGAGUCAGUGGAUGUUUAUAUCCUUCUCUUCAAAACUAGAGAAAAGUGGUGUUCUAGGGGUUUCAGAGGGAUCCUACUUAUAUUUCAUUAUGGUUCUAAUGGUGAUUAUAGAUUUUAUUGCAAUAGCAUUUAAUUUCCCAGUAGGUAAAAGAGUUAAUGGUUCUUGUCUAAUUUUUGCCAUAAUAUACUAUUGGAGCAGAAGAUUUCCAUCAUCUCCUGUAUCAAUUUGGGGUUUUAUAUUACAAGCAUAUCAGUUACCUUUUGCUCUAUUAUUACUUGAUAUAUUAACAGGAAAUUCCAUUUUUGAUGAUGUCCUUGGACUUUUAGCAGGUCACUCUCUUCACUAUGUGAGGGAUAUUUUACCAGGAGCAGAUAGAUCAAAUAUACUACACUAUCCUCCAAAGUCUCUUGAUAAUUUUGUGAUAUAUGCUUCUAACAUAAUGAGCAAAUAUAUAUACGAUUUCUCAGAUAUAAGUUCACAUCCUAAUGUUAUACAUCCAAAUACUAUGGGAGCUACAAAUAGUCUAGAUAGGAGUUCUCAUUCAAAUAAUAGAGGAAAUGCCCAACCCCAGGCUUUCUCCGGACAAGGAUUCAGAUUAGGAAAUAGUUAG